GUCAACGAAUGCGAAUGUCAAAUUUGUUGAGGAACAGCGGUCGCAGCCACAUCAGCAACUACUAAAUAGCGUUGGGGUGAAUCCAUCACAAAAAUAUUUGUACGGUGCAACUGCAGGCAAUUGUUUAGUGGUAUCACAAUGGCGAUAAAACCAGGCAUGGGACGCAAAUCGAGUAGUAAAAAUCCACCGAUUUUUAGUCAUGAAUUUGUUAUUCAAAAUCAUGCGGACAUCAUAUCCUGCGUGGCAAUGGUAUUCGUUGUUGCCCUAAUGGAUGAAUCGACAUCACCGUUUGCCAGUGCCUUUAUCUCACUGCAUCACAAUGUCACUGGAGAGGAGCCCAGCCGAGAAAAUCCACAGGGUAAGCCAUUUAGCUACGUGGCAGGCAUCAAGGAUUACUGUGCAAUCUUCUUUUAUACGCUAACUUGUAUUAUUAUGCACGCCAUCAUACAAGAGUAUGUAUUAGACAAAGUAUCGAAAAAGCUGCAUCUUUCCAAAUUCAAGUUAUCACUGUUCAACGAAUCUGGCCAGUUAAUUGUUUUCUAUGUGUUCUCGUUUUUCAUGGGCGCCAAUGUGAUAUUGCGAGAGGGCUACUUUAGCAAGUUCUCGCUGUUGUGGGAACAAUUCCCUAAUCAUCCCAUGUCAUUCCUACAUAAGCUGUUUUUCAUCAUUCAAAUGGCUUACUACUUGCAUAUGCUUCCUGAGCUUUACUUCCAGAAGGUGAAGAAGGAGGAUCAACAGAGUAAAAUUGUGCAUUCCAUUUGCGGCUUCUCCAUCAUAUGUUUGACAUACACAUUGAGCUUCCAACGUAUAGCGUUAGUGUUGCUGACACUGCACUAUCUUGGAGAAAUAGUGUCGCACAUAUUUCAAUUUAUUGGUGUCCUAGAUCGUGAUGAAAAACUCGCCAGUGUCCGCUUCGUCAAUAAUGUGACUUUUGUGUUCGUUCGCUUUGCAACAAUGGUGAUUGGUGUGUUAACGUUAUACUAUGGAGUGGCUGCAGAAAAUGCGUUGCGCGCAUAUACGGUGCUCGUUGGCCUAAUGGUGCUACAGGGCUAUCUAAUAUAUUCCUUCAUUACUGAAGAGCUGCGCGCGACACGCGAAGCUAAACGUGAAGCGAAACAACAACAGCAACAGCAGGUGAAGAAAUCGAAGGCGGCGAAGGAGAAGGCGAAAAAAAAGAAGGAAAGUGAUCUGCCCGAAGCUGAUCAGAGUCCCAGUCCCGUCAAGUCGAAGACUAAGUAAGCAUUCCAUGGCGAAUGUCAAACCAACUACGUCCACCAACAGCAACAAUAUAAACAAUAACUUUAUUAGCGACUAUGUGAAUGAGCAUCUUUCUAUAAUUGCCAGCUCAUUUAUAUACUUGGUCAAUUAAAAUUUCGAAGUUUUCGUGUUGAAGCACCCUUGGUGCUGCAUUUUAGGUUUCCCGCACACCACAGCCACACACAAAAACACACAUCUACAUAAGCACAAACCUGAUAAAAAAUUGUAUGCAUUGUUAUUGAGUUGGCAGUGGGAAGGGAAAGCUACGAUGGCAUUUGCAUACAUACAAACAUUUCGUCACAACUCAAACCUAGAUUGUGUGCUAACAAUAAACACAACAACAAUCUAAACAAAAAAAUUUAAAGCUUAUCUGCCGCUGCCGCUACUGCUGCUGUUGCUGCAUCUAAGGCAUAUUUUUUUAAUAUAAUUAAAAAUUAGUUAUUUUCACUUUAUUUUUGUACUGUUUAUAAGAACUUUUUUCUACAAAUUCGUUUCUAUAGUAAACAAAAUAAUAACAAAACAUAAAAAAAUGUAAAAAAAAAUUAUCGUUACUAGUGCAAUGUAGCCACUGCUGCUCCUUUUCGACUAACCAUUUGAAUUUAAGAUUUGUUUAAAUUUACACAGAUAUUUUUCUAAUAAAAGAUAUGAAAUCUACUUAGAAUUAAUAAAUGAAAAUUAAUUAUUUAAAUAUAAAAAAUAUCAAAAGUAAAAAAAUACAAAAAUUAAAACUUCAAGAUACACUCCGCUAAAAAUUAUAUACAUAUAUGUACGUCUGAGACUGAGACAAGCUCAACUUGCGAAUUCCACUAAGAUUGCGAUAAAAACACUGAACCAUGACAAAGGUAAUAGCAUAAGUACGAUUUAUAAAAACAAAAUCUUAAUUAAAAUGUUAGUAUCAAAAAAAAUUAUAAAAUAAAAAACAUAAAUAGAAAAGCAACAAAAAAUAUUCUGAAAACUUUUGAAACAGGUAUGCAUGAACACUUAGUGUAAGAACUGCGAGAGAAGAAUAAUGAAAUAGUUUUUAAGAGAUUGUAAGCUUGCUUCAAUAUUUUUGUAUGAAUUAUGCGCAAAACAAAAAAAAAUCGUAAAACCAAUACCAAGUGAAAACUGAAUGAAAUAAUAUUCCAUAUUUGAGAGUUGUUUUUUCUCAAUUUUUGAUUAAUUUCUAUAUGAAUUUAACAAUAACACACAGCUAAUGAAAAUACAUCGUGCAAACCUAGGGGUGUACAUUGUAAAGCUACCAAGUUCAAUAAAAUUUACUUUGAAAAAUGAAGAGAAUCAAAAUAUA